UCACGCCCUGAGCCGAAGGCAGAAGCUUAACCGCUGUGCCACCCAGGCGCCCCAGCAUAUCUAUUUUGUAAAGCAAAGUUGGUAGUCUAACUUCACCAGUUUGUAUUGUGUUAAAAGCAUUUGAUUCCUAUUAUAUGAGACAUAGUUUUUAAUUUGAAAAUUAAUAAGAAAUCCAUUUUCUUCUUAGUUGAGUCAAGUCAGAGAUUAAAGGUCAUAUUAAAUGAGUAGUUUGUAUUAUAACAACUCUAGAGAAAAUAAAUGUGUAAACCAGCAUAAUAUCUAAGGUCAUUAAGACUGUCUGGAGUCAUUGAGAAUUGAAUUUGAAUCGCUGCAUUACAGAGAUUCAAGUUGUGUGAUUUUGGGUAUGUUACCUAACCACUUGACCCACGGCUUCUCAUCUGUAAAGUGGAAUAAUAAUAGCAUCCAGAAAAAAGAUUGUUUGAAGGUAAAGGAAAUAACUCUAGUCAAGUAUUUAGCACAGUAUGUGUUCACUAGAUAGUUAUUAUUGCUGUUAUUAACUGAUGAGUUGCAAAAUCAUGCAGCCCCAUUGGAAGGAAGAAUUUAAAAGUACAUGAAGCAGUAAUAAUUGAAGCUUUAAAAUAGUAAACUCAUGGCAAAUAUAAUCAUAUUCCAAGCAGAUGAUAACUUAAAACAAAAUCAUGCCUGUGUAUAUUUGUGUGGAGAGAAAGAUUAGUUACUUUGCAGAAUUAUGAUCAUUACCACAAAGUGCUAGUAAUAAGGAUAAUGAAAAGCAAAUCUCCAAAAUUAUUACAAAGAAAUCUAUAUUUGCAUAUAGAUAAGGCUGAGUCUAAACCAAGAGGACAGAGGUUUGAUGCUAGGAACUCAUAGAACAUUAUCCUUUUUUGAUUUACACAUAAAAACCUUGUUUUAUUUUGCAUACAGAUCUUCCUUCCAACAUUUUCAGAAGGUGUCACAAAAACUCAUUUAAGAUAUUAGGUUUCCUGGAUCCUCUCCAAGCUUUUCUUCCUGCAAUUAAGCCUUAUAUGAUCAGAGGAUUUAGACUGAAGUAGAGAGAAGAUUUCCUUGUUUUUGUUUUUUGAGAAGACAUGUUCUGGAAGUCUCAGGAAAAUAUGGCAAAUGCUGCACAGUGAAGUCUGGGGUAUAUAUUUUUGGUACCCAGUAAACAAACUUUCAGAGAAUAAGGUCUUAGAAGAGCCAUAUAUGUGAGAUAGUUGAAAUCAUCCAAACCUGAAGCAAAGAUUAGAUCCCAGUUUUUGCUUCUUGAGUGUCUGCUUUGUCUUAAAACAAUCAACAAAAUUUCUUGGCCCUGUGAACAUGCAAUUCUGUUCUUGAAUUAGAGAGAGAUGCUUUUGCUCAUGUGGCUUGGAAAGGCUUCCUGGUUGUUUUCAGAGUGUGUGAAGCACUAAAUUUUGAAGGUCAGAGAAGUCGUGACACAUUAUUGGUAAGCUCAUCAGCUUCUUACUUCAUAGUGUGUUCAGAGGGGCAUGAUGCAGGCAGUCCAGUAAGUGAUGGUCAUGAUGUUCUGCUGCAGAAAGUUUGGGUUUCCCUACAGGUGUAAUCGGCAUGAAGUGAGUCACAUUUUCUGGAAGAGGCAGAAAAGUUUAGAGUGAAAUUGAAUACAGUUUGUAAUUUACUUUUGUCACUGAUAUGAGGGAAUGAUGUUUUGCAUCAAGCUUGUUCACAGAAAAAGCUUACUAUAGGCUGGUUCUUAUGCUAAGUAGUGUCUAGAAAUGAGUAGAAUGAGAAUAUAAGACUUUUCCAAUCUGAUUUACUAUUAUUUAUACUAGGAAUUUAUGAAGAUGCUGUGUGCAAACUUGUCCUUUCAUACGGUUAAAAAAAAUCAGUGAGGGUAGGGGAUGGGGAUGGUAGAGGUACAGGGCAAUGGGGGAGGGCAACAUAGCCAUAAAAGGAAAAGUGAAUACACGGAAAUUACAUAUAGGAUGUGUAGCUAUGCCAGAAGGAAAGUGGUGGAAAUAUCCUUACCCAAGGGAACUGAGUCUUGUCUAUGCCAGGUAUUUACUUCAGCAAAGACAGAUAUUUCUAUUGACCAGAAAAAACAAUUCGGGCAACUCUUAGUUUGACUUGUAGCUAGGAUUCACCAUUUCAGACCAAAAGUUUUGUUUUCAUAUCUUAAGGACAAACAGGACAAAAGCAGUUAAUACAUUAGGAGAUUGAAAUUCGGGACCUUUGAUUCUUUUCAGCAAAUAUUUUCAAAUAGCCUGUGCUGGGUAGGUGGAGGCAUAGCCCCAGAGUGAUGCCUUCUGUCCCUCCUGUUCUCAGAGGACGUAGGAGAAACCUCUACCACUGGGAAGAUUCCCGCGGUUGCACUAGGUUUUCUAACUAGAUGUGAUUUCGAUCUAGUCUAGUCUGUGCCAGUCUUUGCUUCCACAGCCUGGAAAGAAACUUUGCUGCCUGGGAACUCUACUACCUCUGGUGAACGUUGUGGGGGCAGGGCGGGGUUGUCUGAAAGGGUACUAGAAAUUCCUUUGUGUUACCUGUUAAUUGGAAGUUCUAACUUUUGGGUCCUUUCUUUAUUCCCUUCCUCUUCUCCCCUGUCAUUUUCAGUUAUAUACAGGAUAUCUGAAAGUUUCUCUCUUGCUCUUAACCUCAGUCGCCUUACGAUGUAAAAAUAUUUUUGGGAGAGAAACAGGGUGAAAGCAGGAUAAAAUUGGAAGGUUUUCCCCUUUGUCGUGCCCUGCCCUGCCCCGGCUCUCCUCUCACUCUCCCUCCUCUUUCCCCUUCUCGAAGAAAGGGUGCUUUAGUUGAGGGUCCUUCCGACACUCCGCGCAGGCCCCAGGCCUCGCUUUAAGCCAGAUCGAUGCCUGCAUUUGCCAUGAACUAGUCGGUACCAGCCGCGGGUUCGUUCCUAAGUGGCCUCGGCCGGGACACCUCGUCAGUGUUUGUCGGGGUGGCUCCGAGCCUUUCCAGCUCCGCAUUUCUAGCUGAUGCACCCCUCUUCUUCGCCGCUCCCCAGACACAGAGGCCCCUCUCCACCCCGAAAGCAGCUUUAACACUCUGAGUUAGAAUGUUCCUCGACGUUAACAGCAAAUACUCUCAGGGAGGACUUGCGGGUAGUUUUUGGUCUUUGAGCCAUCGGAUGCCGCGUAUUUGCCUCCAAUCCAAUAGAAAGGAGGAGGAGCCUAUGCUCUCGCUCGAGGAUUUGGUGAGGUGGGGAUGCAACCACAGACUCUCCCAGUUUUGGAGCCCCGUCCUCAGCUUCCAGUUCCUCCCCUCCCGUAGCCUUUUCGGUAUCCCCCCGGGCUCAAGGACCCAGAGCCAGAACUUUUGAGAAUAGGAAAGCUUCCUUUCUCAAAGGACGCCAAAUUCGCCUAAUCAGAGACAGCCAGUGGCUCGAAAGAUCUGUGGGAUCGUCCUGUCCGGGGCUCCAUUCCACCAGGCAGAUGCGGGUUAGGGCUGGGCGGGUCUUUAGAUUGUGCCGAGCAACGGCUGGGUCUUGCAAGCUUGAUUUUCUGGAGGUCAGUGACUGAGAAUCUCAAAAGGAUUUCUUUGCUUCGUCUUUCACUUUCGUGAAUGGGUUCAGGCCUCAAGGCAGUCAGUUUUGGAGUGCUGGGCCCCGAGUCCACGCUGAGUUAGGUCUUGAGAGCCUAAGCUGAGCAGAGUGGUAGUGGCACAGCCCUUGUAACCAGGGCACAGUUAAGAGUCUUGCGGGUCAUGGAGCCAGUAGUUCCGUCACCCGCCCCCGAAGUUAAUGGUGUUUGUGGUUUUCCCUCUGAUAGGCCAUGAAGUCAACAUUCUCCCCACAUGGUGGCUCCCUUUACUAAAGUUGAAUAGUGACUUGGUACAGGGAGUCUUGGAAAUUUUCAAAUAUUUCUACAGAUUGAACUCAUUUCAGAAUUCGCGUGGGAGGGAAGAGUAAGGAUUUUAAUCGGGUUCACCUUUGACGCGAAGCAAGGCGGAAGACAGGAAAGUCACAGUGGGUAAUAGCUUUGGGCGCUUUAGUAAGAAAGACGUCUCUGCUUGAUUAUCCGGUUGUUCUGUUCACCGCGGGCUCUCCGUGUGCGAAUUUACUCCGGAGGCAGAGAUGAACACGAAACACAUGCAUGUAAACAAUCCAACAUAAAUAGGCGAACAUAUGCACUGGAGACAAAGAGAUAUAUCCCCACAUAGAUGUGGUUUAUAGCGCUAUUGCAGGCAGGCAAUCUGGAGCAUCCCCAGGAAUAAACCAAGAAGAAGCGAGUAGCUUCUGGUCAUUCAUGGCUAGGAAUGAGCAAAACUUUGUCUUCUUGAAGGAAAUAUUAAAUCUUAAUAAGAAAGUAGGAAAGGCAUUCCGAAUGAGAAACAUUACAAUUUUGUCAUAGAAAAAGCAUGCAGAACUAAUAUAGCUUAUUUAAAUGUUAGCUCCAAAUUAUAAUAGGAAAUAUUCCCACUAAAUUGCCAUUUCCUCUAAGUUUUGUUUAAGAUCCAAAUAAUUAAAAUGCACACUAAUGGUUAUUGAUGAUUCUAUUUCCUUUGAGCAAUAAAAAGAAAUAGACUUGAUUUUCUCUUACUGGAGUAGAAAUUUAGGAAUCUUCUUAAAUUGCCCAGGGGCUUGAAAGCCUCCGGGUGGCCGUAGUCUUCUCUUAUUGCUUUCCUCUUCCCACGUCAUUUUCAGCUAAAAAAAAAUUUUUAACGGUUCCCAAUGGAGGGAUUCCCGUUAGAAACCCUCAGCAAGUGGACUUGUACUGGGAAUCCUCGUGCUUUCCCAGUCUGUCUGUAUUUCCCCAAACAGAACUCAAGUUGUAAAUAAAGAGGAAAAAUAUAUUUCUCACUCCUAAAUUCUUAAAAUUUCAAUUUUUGUGGAAAAUACAAUUUAACAAUUUCAAUCGUUGAGAUCAGUAAGAGCCACAGAAAGUGUGAAGGUGUUCAAAUAGGCCAUCUAGAGAUCUAAAACCCAGGACUAACAGGAAACAGAAUGCUCUUUACUCAAAAGUAGGCAGGGUCUGACUGUUCUCAGCAUUAAGGGCAUUCAUGGACACUGCAAAGGGGGAAUGUAUCAGAACAGCAGGGAGACUUGGACAAUGAAUUUCCACAUUAAUAGUAUCAGUGCCAAAUCUUCAGAUUUAGAGGCUCUGGUGAAAAAUUAAACCAAUGGCAAUUUUCAAUGUUGGUAGCAUCUGCGACCAGAGUUCAGCACUCAGAUCUUGGACAGCUCCACAGGCCGCAAACCGGACGCAGCUUUAACUCUAAUCAAUCUACUCAUAGCCAGACUGUCAACGACAGCCAGACUCAUUAGCAAUUUACUGAAAAUCCUCCAAGACUUCCCUUUAAAAACAAAACGACUUCCACAUUUAAUUGUCUAUCUAAAAGAACAUACGCAAGAAAUUAGGAGAUCUAAAUUAAAUUUAUUAAUAGGGGAGCUUGAUGGUGCUUAAUUCCAGAGACCAGAGCUCUGAUUGCUGGGGCUUGAUGAAAAGUAAAGAGAAAUUGUAGGGACAUAAUUAAAAACAUGACUUUUACCAUCCUCGAAAUUCUAUGAAUUCUUUACCCCUCCUUGAGAAAUGGGUAAAACUGAAAACCAUCAAAAUAAUUGCACUUCUUAAAAAUUGGAUUGUAUGAGUGAAAGGUGUUUAUGAGAAGUCGAUGACUCCGGAUCUUAUCAUCCAAGAGGACAGCACAGAAUAGUUAAUAUGUUCCUUGAGGGACUAGGAUGCUGACGUCUUUUUCUGAUACCGGAUCAUUACGUGACUGAAAAAAAAAAAGGAAGUCAUUCCAUGAAUAAAAAUCGGAGCGCAACAGUGGAACAAAAUAUUCUGUACUUAAAGGCCAUAGGCAGACAGAUGUUGACAAGGAAGGCUCUUCUAAAACCACGUUCAGAUAGAUUUCUGCUAACGGUACAUAUAAAUAGGAGCAGAGGGCCGGUCACCUCUGUAACCACCGGCAGCAGCAUCAGCAGAAGCCGCAGCUUCAGCCGCAGCCAGAGGGACCUCAGAGCAAAGAAGACGCUGUCGACUUGCACAACUGCCUGACCGGGCAGUUCCAACAGACACCGGCCGAGCCGCGGCCCUCCCUCUUCCUUCCUCUACUUCUUUGACUUUCCCUCUUUUCCUUAAUCACUUACUUCUUUCUCCUGGUGGACUUAGGCCACUUUGUCUCCCACCCCCACUUUAGCUCCUCGCCUCCUCUUUCUUCCUUCUCCAUCUCUCUCCUCGCCCCCUUCUCUCGGUGUCACGCUUCCUCCUAGUUCUGUGCGUCUGCAAACUUUUGAACACAAUACUGGCCUCAGCAAACAAGUCCUCCAGCUCCUCCUGCUGCUCCUGCUCAUUCCUGCGGCUUCUCAGACACUAGCGCCAGACGGUGAUGCCUCUUGGGUUGUGACUCCAGCGCAGAAACUUGGAGGAGCCCUUUGCCCGCCGUCCUACUUGGCAACAAACCCUCUCCUAGCAGCGAAUGACCAUGUGUAGUGGAGCGAGGCUGGCCCUCCUGGUCUACGGGAUAAUAAUGCACAGCAGCGUCUACUGCUCACCUGCCGCCGCAGGACUCCGGUUCCCUGGAAUCAGGCCGGAGGACGAGGCGUACGACGAGGACGGAAACCCGCUGCAGGACUUCUACGACUCUGACCCUCCCGGCGUGGGGAGCCCCACCUCCGCGCUGCGCGACGCCUACGCGCUCUACUACCCGUCAGAGAAGAGAGAUGUCGCCCAAGGGAUCCUUAACAAGGCCUACCGCAAAGUACUGGACCAGCUGUCCGCCAGGAAAUACCUGCAGACACUCGUGGCCAAGGGCCUGGGUGGGAACCUAGGCGGCGGCGCGGAGGACGACUCGGAGCCUCUCUCCAAGCGCCACUCAGACGGAAUCUUCACCGACAGCUACAGUCGCUACCGGAAACAAAUGGCUGUCAAGAAAUACUUGGCGGCCGUCCUAGGGAAAAGGUAUAAACAAAGGGUUAAAAACAAAGGACGCCGAAUAGCGUAUUUGUAGCGAUGAGUUACCAGCUACCUUGUGUAUACAAUCCUGACACAAUGAAAAGUCACUUUCCCAACUGACUGAAGUCAUCGCUCAUGUGUUCUAUCCAAACAUGUAUUUAUGUAUGAAGUAAAGCCAUUAAAUGAA